UCCCCUCCCUUCCCCAUGAUUUCUAAGCAGAGGUAAACAAACUGUGAAAGAGGCAGGGACCGACAGGAUCUGCUGCUGCUGCUGCUGCAGGAGGCGGAGGGAAAGAGAGAGAGAGGCAAAAAGAAAGAAAGCGGCCAGAUCCCGGGGCAAAAACAAGAGAGAAAGAGAUUGAGAGAGACCUGGGACCAUGGAGAGCAGUCUAGCCUUGAAGUGGAGAGGAAAGGUGUAGGGUCAGGAGAAGGAAAGGGCUGCAAGAGGGGGGAAAAUGCAGGGUUAGUGUGAAAGAGAGGGUGGGGGGCAAGAUCAGGGAGAUAGGUUAGGACUUGGGGUAUGUAAAAGGGGGGGGGGCAAAGAAGAUCCAUGGCAAGUUAAAGAGAGAAAUUCAGGAGGAAGGGGUCUGGGGGCAGGGCAGAAGCAAGUCCUUUAGAGGCAGCCUCUGCUGGUAGGAAGGAGUUGAGGCUCUGCAGGAGUGGGAAUGGUGGUGCCCCUCCAAGACCUCUUUCCCUGGUGAACUUCUAGGAAGCAGUAAAAGUGGCAACCUCUAGUUUCUUGCCUGCCCCCCUCCUCUUUCCCUGGUAGGGUGACUUGUUGUGAAGAGGCCAGUGGCAGGACAAGGAAAGGGAGAGGCAAAGCUCCUGCCCCAUCCAGUGCCCAAGAGGAGGGUUGUUCCUGCUCUUUGGGGUGGCAGGGAGACCCAUCCACCUCCAGGGCUAUGGAGCGGGUGGAAAUGAUCAACAUCCAGCGCCUUCUGGAGGCGGCUGAGUACCUGGAGCGCAGAGAGAGAGAAUGUGAACAUGGUUAUGCCUCGACCUUCCCUUCCAUGCCGACCCUUGGACUGCAGGACCCAAAGCCACCGCAGCGGCUGAGCCGAGCAAGGAAGCAUAGCAGUGGAGGGAGCAGUACGGGCACUGCUAACAGGUCUACGCACAAUGAACUUGAAAAGAACCGACGAGCUCACCUCCGCCUGUGCCUAGAACGUUUAAAAGUCCUGAUACCGUUGGGACCUGACUGCACCAGACACACGACCCUGGGGCUGCUUAACAAAGCCAAAGCACAUAUCAAGAAACUUGAAGAUGCAGACCGGAAAAGCCAGCACCAGCUUGAGAACCUGGAAAGAGAGCAGAGGUUCUUAAAGCGGAGAUUGGAGCAGCUGCAGGGCACUCAGGACAUUGAGCGAAUACGAAUGGACAGCACUGGAUCAACCAUUUCCUCAGAUCGCUCUGAUUCAGAGCGGGAAGAAAUCGAAGUGGAUGUGGAAAGCACAGAGUUCUCCCAUGGAGAUGUGGAUGAUAUCAGCACAACCAGUACAAGUGACAUUGAUGACCACAGCAGCUUGCAGAGCAUUGGGAGUGAUGAGGGUUACUCCAGCGCUAGCGUCAAGCUCUCCUUCACUUCCUAGAGCAUGGUGCUAGGGGCAGUACAGCUGGUUUCUUUGGGGCAAUUGACGUUCACCUGGCAGAGCUCUUAAGACACAGUAUUUUUCUUCUCCAAACCACACUUCAACAGCUAAGCUUGGAAAGAUGCAACUUUAGAAUAGCACCAUGGGUCCACAAGAGGGUGGGAACCUAAUUGGAUAGCCAACCAAUAUCUACACUGUCACAGUCCUGAAAUCCUGACUUAGUGCUGAGCUCAUAGCUAUUCUGAAGUCAGAGACAGCACUCCAGUUGUGUACUGCUGGACUGAGAUUAGCCCAUGUAUAAUGGAUAGCUUUGCUCAGAGAUUAUUUCAUUGGACAUGGGAUCUUGGCUAUUGGAUUCUUAAAUUGUCAAAACUUCUUUCUUGAUUUGUCACAGCUCCUGAGAAAUUAUCCCCACAGUGGCCCGUUUUUCCAUUCUCCCAUGGAAAUGGUGCUAGUAAGAAAGAAGUUUGUCCAGUUAUCUAUAAUAGAGCACACAUGGGAUAGCUGUGUGUCUGUUCCACAUUUUGGGACAAAAGUAGCCAAGGUGAUCAUAGUUUAUUGGAUCAGCCUCUCCCGAUGAGUUUGCACAAUAUCCUGAACUACAGAGCUCCAGGCUCUUUAAAAUGCUGUCUUGCAAUUUAAGCAUUUUCUUUUCUUUAAGAAAACUAUGAAGUUGGACAGUUUUUGUGUACUCUCACCAGCAGAAGCUAGUCCAAUCAGCGCCUUCUACCCUUUGGGUUUCUCCAACCAACUUUGAUCUGUACGUACCUAAGAAAUAACAGUAAAAGUGAAAAGCUCUGCUCAUGCCCUGUGAAAAGAGGUGCUGCAGAUCUGGAAGCAAUUCUCAUUCAGUACAACUUUCUGCUGGACAUUGUUUCAAGGCAAGAGCUUGGGCCGCAUGAUUUUAGCACUAGAGUAUUGAGCUGUAAAAUACCAGCACGACCAGCUCUCUGGAUUCAAUGGCUACAGCAGCUAACUCCUUACUAGAAUGAUGCUCCUGAUGCAGAGGCAGACAGACAGAAGCCGGUGAAAGAUGGAGAUGAUGAUGAAGAUGAUGAUGAUGGGGAUGCGCAGGAAAGGCACAGCCUCCAUUCUGAGCCACAAUGAUCUUUUCUUCUUCGUUUUUUUCUUUUGCAAAUUAUUUUGAUAAAUGUUUGUAAAAGUUGUUUGGGUGAGAGAACCUACAUGCGACAAUGUCUUUUUAGAACUCCGAGGCAUGAUUCUGCAAAUGUCUUUUAUAAUUGACACCAACCAAUGGAAAGGAACCUGCUUUUCUGCUGCCAGGCACAAAAGAAACGGGGACUCUCCUCAGGCUCGAUGGCUCUUCCUUUUGGUUUCCUUUCUGGACUUCCUUUCCCAUUUGGAUCCUUCCCAUAGUCUUGGAUCCAGUUAACACAUAGCACGCGUCUCAUUGUAACAGCCGGCCAGCACUUGGUCCCCAGUGGGGUAUCUUCACUCCCAUCUGAGAGGAACGCUUGCUCUUGUCUUGCUGUUAACAAGAAAAAGAUUGUAUCCAAUGUUUUUAUCAUAUUUUUUUCCCUUCGAGAUGAGCUUUCUAACCUGCACUUUGAGGUCUUUGCUUUUCCUUUAAGCUUUUUAACCACAAGGAUUCUUAUUAAUGUUCCUUUACCACAUUUAAACUUUACUGUUUCAUAUUUUUAGAGACCUCAUUUAUGACACUUGUUUGAAACUUUUAAGUAAUUUGUCUACCCUUCCCCCCAUUAUUAAGGGACGAAAAAAGAAAAAAAAGAAAAAUGCUUUAUAAAAUUCAUAACUUAUUGCUGAUUAUAAUUACUGGGUUGUUAAUUUCAGUCCUGUAGAUUUUUAAUUUUAUUGUUUUUAGAUAGGGCUGGGCAACAAAAAUUUAAAAAGACAAAAUAAUUAAAAAAAACAAGGUAACCUCAUUUAGCUGUGCAGUGGAAUUGUGUUUAAAUGUUGGCAUAUGGUUCUGCUUAUAGUAGCACUUUAACACCAUUAAACAUUUCUGUAUUUGAAA